AUGUCGUCCGGCACAGCGCAGUCCGCAUUCAAGGCCCUCCACGAGCCCGGAAACCCCGUGGUGCUGCCCAACAUCUACGACGCCUCGUCGCUAUCGUCGCUCCUCCAGCUCAACCAAGGAGGCAAAACCCUCGUCAAGGCCACGGCCACGGCGUCGUGGGCCAUCGCGGCGAGCCUAGGGAUCCGGGACGAGGAACUGACGCUCGAGCAGAACCUCGCGGCGUUUUCGCGCAUCGCGCCGGUGGCGCACGCGGCCGCGCUACCCAUCUCGAUCGAUCUGCAGGACGGGUACGGGGAGCGCAUCGCCGAGGCUGUCGCGCGGGCGGCGGAGCUCGGCGCGGCGGGGGCUAAUAUCGAAGACUCCAUCCCCUCGGCAGGGUUCGCGUGGCGCCCGCCGCGCAACUCGGUGGAUAACGGCAACGACGACGACAACGGGGGAGUGGGGAGGGCCCGCUCGGCGCCGGAAGGAUUUGUGCUCAACGCGCGGUGCGACGUGUUCCGGCUGGAGCCGCCCUCGGUCGACGAGGACGAGCCGACGCUGCGGGAGGCGGUGGAGCGGGGCAAAGCGUACCUGGAGGCCGGGGCGACGACGGUGUUUUACUGGGGCGGGGCGCGGGGCCUGCGCACGAGCGAGGUGGAGACGCUGGUGCGGGAAUUGGGGCUUACGCUCUUUGCCUACUAUUAUCUAGAGGGAAUGGCUUGGAUGAUGUCCCUCCGAGAGACCCUUGAAAAGAGGAUGAUCACCGCCAAGGCCCAUAAGCUUACGGCAUAG